UAUCUCCAGAAAGAGAGGGGUGCCAUGCAUGUCGCACAGGCUUAUGUCUCCUUGGCGCGGCAUCACAGAAGUUUCGAGCUAGCUUCACACAGCACACACGUCUUGGCGCCUAUGAUCCAACCUGGUCAAGGACUUGUCGGUCCAUGUUGCGCUCGCCUUGCCUGCUCUUGGCCCGGCUUCAAAGAAGUUUCAAGCUCACUUCAAACAGCGGGAAGGGCUUGGCGGGGAGCUACAGUGUUGAUCGCAACCCGAGGGCAUCACCAUGCAUUCCGUAUAAAAUGCUCGUGAACCCACAGUUCUUUGGUUCUGCAGUCCGGUUACUCACUUUCACUUCUCACCGAUACCAUAAUCCACUACAGACUAUCGCCGUGCGAUCAGCUCUUACUAUCACUUUUAUAACUUAUUACUCCACAUCACGUUCUCGUUUCUUCACUCUACCCGGAACUCUACCCCCAAGAACAUCUAAUCUAUCAAUUCAUAACUCCAAAAAACAAACCGACAAGAUGCUUCCUCAAUCCGUCCUCCUUGCCCUCGUCGCUGCCGUCAGCGCUGUGCCCCUUAACAUCAACUUGGGUGCCUACUCUCCUGCCUUGGUAGUCGGUGAUGGUGAAAUCUCGCUGGGAUCCACAGGAGAAGCAUCGACUUUGAUGUCCACGCUCGCAUCCGGAGCCGCUCAGCAGGGUGGAGCAGCCGCAGAGAAACGUGGCAACGUCCGCCGAGCCAUCGAGGGCUUUUUCAAGCGCAGCCCCACCCCCGAAGCCGAGAAGCUCGCCGCCUACGAAGACGCCAUGCACUGGAUCAAGCGUGAUCUUGCUGGCUUCAACGCCGCCCUUUCCUACGCCCGUGAGGCCAUGAAGGACCAGCCCAAGAUCGAGAUGGGCUCUGAGGGCGCCGGUGUUGGUAUCGUUGUCAACCCCGGUAUCAACGUUCCCGCCAACUCCGCCGCCGCCGGUGCUGGUGAAAAGGCCAAGCGUUCAGAGGUCGUUGACGACGAGGAGACCCCCAAGAUGACCCUCGUUGCCAUCACCGAAGUCUGA